AUGUCGACAUUCCUUCUACGUCAUUCAUCUCUAUAUGAUGAUGCUCGUGGAGGUCAUGCUUUUCCAUCUCCACCAUCCUUCCUCUCUCAUUACGCCGCCAAGGAAAAGUCCCUCUACAAGAUUCAUCACCAUGAUCACGAGCAGGGGUCGAGUUUGUAUGGGUAUGCCCUACUCGGAUUCUUGGAGACCGCGCCACCUUCAAGCCACGUGGGCUCUGUCAACGUUUCAUAUCACCAGCCCCUGGAGAAGUGCCAGCCACAACGCUAUGUUGACGGGGACGAGUAUGAGAAAGGCGGGCAUGCACAUGAACCUCCCCACCAUGAUCCAAUUGGUUCCCAACACCAGUUUUGCUAUUCCAUGUCUCACAAAAGUCUUUGUUGA